GAACAAUGGAUAGGAAACGUGCUCGCAGUCCCACAAACACUAAGGAUGAUGAUGAUAACCAGAAAGAUAAAAAGCCCAAGACCAUAGAAGAUAUUUUUACUAAAGCUGGGGGAGCAUAUAUCCCUCCUGCAAAAUUGAGGAUGAUGCAGGGACAAAUUUGUGAUAAAUCUAGUGAGAGUUAUCAGAAGAUAGCCUGGGAAGCUUUGAAGAAAAGUAUAAAUGGUUUCAUCAACAAAGUAAAUGUUUCAAAUUUGAAAGUUAUUAUAACUGAAUUAUUCAAAGAAAAUCUGGUUAGAGGAAGAGGUGUCUUAGUUCGUUCACUGAUGCAAGCCCAAGCUGUAUCACCAACAUUUACUCACGUUUAUGCAGCUGUGGCUGCUGUUAUAAAUACAAAGUUUCCUCAAAUAUGUGAACUAUUAUUGAGAAGAUUAAUAAUUCAAUUUAGAAAAGGUUAUCGAAGAAAUGAUAAGUUAGCUUGUGUUUCAUCUACCCGUUUCAUUGCUCAUUUAGUUAACCAACAAGUGGUUCAUGAAGUAUUGGCACUAGAAAUAUUAACAUUACUUUUGGAAAAUCCUACUGAAGACUCUUUAGAAAUGUUUGUUGGCUUCUUAAAAGAGUGUGGACAAAGAUUAACUGAAGCAUCAAAAGAUGCAGUUAAUGCCAUAUUUGAUCGUUUAAGAAGCAUUUUGCACGAUGCAAAGGUUGAUAAGAGAGUGCAAUAUAUGAUUGAAGUAAUGUUUGCAAUAAGAAAAGACAAGUUUAAGGAUCAUCCUGCAAUAAUUGAAGAAUUAGACAUAGUUGCUGAAGACGAACAGUUCACUCAUCUGAUUACUCUGGAAGAUGCAGUUAAUACAGAAGAUAUAUUAAAUGUUUUUAAGUUUGAUCCGGAAUAUGAAGCUAAUGAAGAAAAAUAUCAAGAAAUUAAAAAGGAAAUUCUAGGUGGCGACAGUGAUUUGUCAGAUGAUAAUUCGGAUGAAGAAAGUGAUGAAGAGAAUGAAGAUGGUGAUGAUGAAAAUGAAGGUAUGAAAUUAAGAACAUGUACUUGUAUUAACAAAAUUUAUUAACUUUGAAUUCAUAAAAAGUAAUGAAUUUCAGUGAAAUUAUUUUUAUCUCUGUAGAAUUCAUUUUGUGUAAUUAAUGCAUUAUAAAAAUUUAGUACUAAAGUUCAGAUAGAAAUCGUAAUACAUUACUAAGUUACUAGUCAAAAUGAAAUCUUUUCAUGUGUUUGCACUAGUGAUAAAUUUCUGUUGAUGCUAUAUAUUUUUAGUAACAUUUGAUUCAUCAUAUUUCUCACAUUCACAUACAAGAAGUAUCAUUAGUUAUU